AUGACCGCCUACUACGAUGAUUUCACUCUUUUCAGCAGCGAGGAGCUUCGUAACUCCACCUCGGCCACCGUCGACAUCAUGUUUUCCCUGUUAGGUUUCGAUUUUGACCGAGACGGUGAUAAGGCACAGGACCUGCAUACGACUUUCCGAGCACUGGGGGUGCAAUUUUCGUGCCUGGAGGACGAGGAUCGGACUGUUCUUGUGUCAAAUACAGAAGAAAGGCUUGAAGAUGCAGUGGAAAAGCUUCAGGAGAUCAUCGAAUCGGGUUCACUCACCCCCAAGUUGUGGGCGAAGAUGCGCGGUCGUUUGGGUUUCAUGAGCGGACAAAUUGCCGGCAGACUUCCACGAGCACUGUUGAGGGCAGUGACCGUGGCCGUGUCAGCUGCAGGGACCAACUGCGGGGAAGUAGCCACGGCCCUACAGAGAGUGUUGGAGUUCUUGAAAGGUGCGCAACCAAGGCGGCUCAGACCGGCGCUACGAGACGUCAUCUUUGUUUACACUGAUGCAUCGCAAGAGGGAGUAGACAACCUUGAUAUGGGGCUUGGUGCAGUGGUCCAGGACCACGAGGGAACCAUCUUGGGGUGGUUUGGUCUGUUGCUCCCCCGUGACGUUGCUGAGGAUAUCUUGCGUGAAGGGAAGAAGUGCAUCAAUGAGUUAGAGAGUCUAACUGUAGCAUUGACUGUUCGUCUCUGCGCGGCCAUACUGCUACAGCGGCACGUGGUAUUCUAUCUCGAUAACGAGGCAGCCAGAGUGACAUUGCUUCGGAUGCAAAGUGAGAAUGCCAUGCUUGACGCAGUGGCCAAAAUCUCAGCUGUCCACGAAUCCGAACUGUCCUGCAUUCCAUGGUAUGCACGUGUGCCGAUCAAGGACGAUGUUACUGUGGAAGCAUUGCGUGAGGAGACAGAAGACCUGCAUAAUGGACAGGUGGUCGAUUCUGUACCCUUCCUCGGAAAAAGAGCUCGAAUGGAGUGA